AUGCCCUCCGCAUCAUCCUCCUCCGCACCCGCAGCAUCCUCCUCUCUCUCUUCCGGCCCCAAAACCCUCACCCAGAACUCCUCUAUCUACGACAUCGCCCACACGGUCUGGCAGCAGUAUUUGGCUACUACGCCGCAGCGCACAAUGCUGCUUGAUGCGUUCAUGGGAUUCUUGGUGCUGGUUGGUGGUGUGCAGUUUGUUUAUUGUGUCGUUGGGGGGAAUUAUCCGUUCAAUGCCUUCCUGAGUGGUUUCUGUGCCGCUGUAGGACAGUUUGUUCUUACGGCGAGUUUGAGGAUGCAGACUAGUGCUGCUACUUCGUCUUCUAGUGGGGGGAGUGUUGCGAAAGGGAAGGGAGGGAAGAAGGUUGUCAAGGGAGAUGUUGGGGAGGAAGGGAGUGGUGUUUCGGCUGAGAGGGCAUUCGCGGACUAUGUCUUUGGGAGUUUGAUUCUGCAUUUCUUCUGUAUUAACUUUAUUAACUAG